AUGUUUAAUUGUCUUUAUCUACUGACCUUUCAUUCUUUUAAUCUACCUGUAUUUUCCUCGGUUGCCAGCUGCUAUCGUGCUCGCAAAGAAACAGUCCACCGGAAUAUCUCAGCCAAAAAUAACCACCAAUCGAAAAGCAGGAAGAGAAAGUCGGUUUCUUCACCAAUCAGAAUACGAGAAGAGGCAGUCGCUUUCUUCCCCCCACUGUCUCUGUUUGUCCUUAUUAGUCUCUAUUGUCAGCUCCUUCUCUCUUUCUUUGCCUUUCUUUCCUUCUUUAGUCAAACUCAAUUUUUCUCUUUUCUUUUUUUUAUCUGUCUGAUUUUAUUUAAGGGUGAAACUUUCUCUUUCUCUCUUUCUUUCUUUCUUUCUUUCUUUCUUUCUUUCUUUCUUUCUUUCUUUCUCUCUCUCUCUCCCUCUCUCUCUCUCUCUCUCUCUCUCUUAGCCGUCUUUUCUAUGUACAUGUCUCUCCUUCCCGCUCUAUUUCCUGUCCUAUUUUUAAAUGGCAAUCCUCACCCCCUUUCUCUCUCUUUCUCUCUCUCGCUCUCUCUCUCUCUCUCUCUCUGUAUACCAUGUCUCUUCAGAAAUUAG